AUGUCGGAAGCAGACAACAGGACAGAGUUCUUGUUUGUGCUGGUGGGCUUUCCAGGACUGCACCCUGACCACUAUAACCUAGUGGCAUUCAUUUUCUGUGCUGUGUAUGUCAUCACAUUGGUGGGAAACUUUGUUCUGGUGCUGACUUUUGUGCGUGUGCCCAGCCUCCAUAAGCCCAUGUACAUUAUAAUGUUGAGUCUGGCUAUGUCUGACAUAGGCUUCAGCACGGUUGCACUGCCCAAGAUCAUCUCUCGAUACUGGUUCAAUGACAUAUUCAUCUCCUUCAAGGUGUGCUUCUCCCAGAUGUAUCUGAUACACUACUUUGGCACUGUGAACUCCUACAUCAUGGGCAUCAUGGCUAUGGAUCGUUACAUUGCCAUCUGUUUUCCCUUCCGGUACCCGGUGGUGAUGAAAAAUCGCACCAUGGGCAUCCUCAAUGUGUUCUUUUGGCUUUUCUCAUUCGUCACCCCUGCUAUCUUCGCAGUGUAUGACUACAGGCUUCCCUACUGUGGGCCCAAUCGAAUCUUACAGUGCUACUGUGAUCAUUUCUCCCUUGUUACACAGGCCUGUGCUAGUCAUGCUCUGGCUACGCUGAUUGCCUUCACACUGGCCAUGCUGGUGCUGCUAAUACCAUUAGCUUUCAUCAUCUACUCUUACGUCCACAUCAUCGUUAGCAUAGCACGGAUAGCCAGCAAAGAGAGCCGGUGGAAAACGUUCUCCACCUGCACCACCCAGCUGUGCAUUAUCAUCCUCUACUAUCUGCCACGCUGCGUCGUGUACAUUUUCAAUGUCACCGGCCUGUACAUCAACGGGGAUCUUCGCAUUGCCCUUAUCCUUUUUUACAGUCUGUUUCCUCCCCUUGUGAACCCGUUCAUAUACUGCUUUAGAACAAAGGAGAUUAAACAAUCAUUGGCUCAUUGGUUCAGCGUGAAGAAGCAAAACAAAAUAAAAAGUCCUCCAUAG